GGGAACUCUGGGCUAGGCUUCAGUAUCGCCGGAGGGACAGAUAACCCUCAUGUCGGGGACGAUCCCAGCAUCUUCAUCACCAAGAUCAUCCCAGGAGGAGCCGCUGCACAAGACGGGAGACUCAGAGUAAACGACAGUAUUCUCUUCGUGAAUGAUGUUGACGUUCGGGAGGUGACGCACAGUCAGGCGGUGGAGGCUCUCAAGGAGGCGGGCGCUAUCGUCAGACUCUAUGUAUUACGCCGGAAACCCAUCGCUGAGAAAGUCACCGAAAUCAAGCUCAUUAAAGGGCCAAAAGGGCUAGGCUUUAGUAUAGCGGGUGGUGUGGGGAACCAGCACAUCCCUGGAGACAACAGCAUUUAUGUCACAAAGAUCAUCGAGGGAGGAGCAGCUCAUAAGGACGGGCGACUACAGAUCGGCGAUAAGAUACUGGCGGUGAAUAAUGUGUGUUUGGAGGACGUGAUGCACGAGGAUGCGGUGGGCGCGCUGAAGAACACAGCAGAGGUGGUCUACCUCAGAGUGGCUAAGCCAAACAACCUGUACCUUACUAACAACUACAACCCACCAGACCUCACAAGCACGUACUCUCCGCAUCUGGACACAGACCUUGGACAUCCAAACUUCCUGGCUUCGGAUUACCCACAAGCCCUCACUCCCACCUCACCAAGCCGCUUUUCUCCUGUGCUGCACGGCUUGAUGGGAGAUGACGACUUACCCAGGGACCCGCGGCGUGUUGUGAUCCACAGAGGAUCGACGGGUUUGGGGUUUAAUAUAGUUGGAGGGGAGGAUGGUGAGGGAAUAUUCAUCUCUUUCAUCCUGGCAGGAGGCCCUGCGGACCUGAGCGGAGAACUGCGCAAAGGAGAUCAGAUCUUAAGUGUGAAUGGCGUGGAUCUGCGGGCGGCUACACAUGAACAAGCAGCGGCUGCCUUGAAGAAUGCAGGACAGACUGUAACCAUCAUCGCUCAGUACAGACCAGAAGAAUACAGUCGAUUUGAAGCUAAAAUACACGACCUCAGAGAGCAGUUGAUGAACAGCAGCAUGGGCUCUGGAACAACUACAUUACGAAGUAACCCUAAACGAGGAUUUUAUAUCAGGGCUCUGUUUGACUAUGAUAAGACAGCAGACUGUGGUUUCCUGAGUCAGGCCGUGGGCUUUAAGUUUGGAGAUGUGCUGCAUGUUUUGGACUGUGGAGAUGAGGAGUGGUGGCAGGCCUGCAGAGUCAGCCCACAGGGGGAUGAGGAGGAGGUCGGCUUCAUCCCAAGCAAGAGGAGGUGUGUGUGUGUGUGUGUGUCGCCGCUUUCUCUUGCUCUUGUGUUAUCUCCUCUGUUGUCCUUGAACAAAAUAAUAUUCAAGCAGCUUAAAGAGGCUUUUUAGCUUUUAACUCUCUCU